AUGUCGCUUGAAGCACCCUCUGCGGAAACAAGUUGCUCGACAAAUUGUGACCACUACCAUGAUUUUGAAAAUGGGCCAUGCCAAGGCUCCGGGUGUUGCAUAGCAUCCAUUCCUCAAGGCAUGACAACCGUUUCAUUUACAGCUAGUGACAACAUAUACCACUCAAAGGUACCAACUUAUAGUAAGUGUGGUCAUGCUUACAUAGUGGAAUAUACCAAGUAUAACUUCAGCGUUGGUGAUCUUAGUACUAUGAGAAAUUUUACAUCUUUUUCGGUGGUUCUUGAAUGGUUUGCUGGUGAUACUUAUUGUGAAGAGGCAAUAAAGGACAAUUCAACUUACAUGUGCAGAGGGAAAAGUAGAUGUCAGGAUGGAGAUAGGGAAAGCGGUCUUCCUGGGUAUCGUUGCAUAUGCUCUGACGGAUAUAGUGGAAACCCAUAUGUCAAUGAUGGAUGUCAAGAUAUAAAUGAGUGUGAAUAUUCAGAACACCAUAAGUGCCCGUCAAAAUAUAUUUGUAAGAACACAGAAGGGAGUUAUGAUUGUGUUUGCCCAAAUGGACUCAAAAGUGAUGAAAACAAUGGUGAAGUAUGUGGUACAAAUUUAUCAGAUAAUGCAUUUGUCACCAAGGGAGCAACUAUAGUCAUAACUUUGACAUAUUGUGGAAUAAAGAAGAGGAAAACAAUCAAGGGUAGAGAGGAUUUCUCUAAACAAAAUGGUGGAAUCAUGUUACAAAAAGUGCUAUUUGCAAGGAAAGAUCAUGUAAACAACAAUAAUGCGAUAAUAUUCACGUAUGAAGAACUGAAGAAAGCUACCGACAACUUCAGUGAUACCAACAUUAUAGGCCAGGGUGGGUAUGGUGUCGUUUACAGAGGAAUCUUAGUAAACAAGACAAUGGUAGCCAUCAAAAAGUCUAAAGUAAUUGACGAAAGUCAAAUCAAGCAAUUCAUAAAUGAGGUGAUAAUUCUAUCACAAAUCAAUCAUCCAAAUAUCAUAAAACUCCUUGGUUGUUGCUUAGAGACACAGGUACCGUUGCUUGUGUAUGAAUAUAUAACCAAUAACACCUUAAGCCGCCACAUACACCAGGAAACAGUGAUGACUUUUGAAACACGGCUAAAGAUAGCUGCAGAAACUGCUGAAGCUCUUUAUUAUAUGAACUCAACCACACAAAUAAUCCAUAGAGAUGUCAAGCCCUCAAACAUACUACUGAAUGAUGACUUCUCUGCAAAAGUGUCUGACUUUGGAAUUUCAAGAUUUGUCCCACUCGGUCACAGCCAUCUAUCGACAUUUGUUAAAGGAACUAUAGGUUAUGUGGAUCCUGAGUACCUUUAUACGGGGAAAUUAAACGAGAAGAGUGAUGUUUAUAGUUUUGGAGCUGUUCUUGUAGAGCUACUUACUGGAACAAAAAUUCAUUCUUUAGAGAUUUCUUUAAACGUAUAUAUUGGUACAGCCGCAUAUCUUUCUUCACUAUUGGAACGUAAUUCAUUGUUUAAAGUUCUUGAUAAACAACUGAAGAGCGAGGAGUAUGCUGAAGUGGUGAAAGGUGUUGCUAAACUAGCAAUUAACUGUCUUGAUCUUGAAGGGAGGAACAGGCCUACAAUGAAAGAAGUGAAAACAGAACUAGAGCAACUAAGAUGUGUUUUGUCAUCAACUAGGUAG